GAUAAACUGAUAUGGCAUAAUACUCCUGAUGGGGUGUUCUCGGUCAAGUCAUCCUACCAUUUGGCGGUCUCCCUUGAUAAGAGAAAGGGUCGGUGGAAGGCGUCGGGUAGUUGGAUGGAUAGAUCCAGUUGGAUCUGGUUGUGGGAGGCGAAUAUUCCCCCUAAGCUGAAAGUCUUUGUUUGGCAAAUUCUGAAUCAAAUUCUCCCCACCACGGAGGCCCUAAUUGCUCGUAAGGUCCCUAUCCUCCCUCGUUGUCCAGUCUGUAGGGGUGGCCCGGAAACCAUAGAGCAUCUAUUUCUGGAUUCUUUGGGGCCAUUCGGGGCUAGAAUACUUAGGGGAGGGAUUGCCUCGGCAUACUUUUCCUCUGUUUCUUAAACGUUUAAUGGCCUUAAUUUAGCAGCCGACGCUCCUUAUGGCAGUUGUCUCUGUCCUUUGGCGCAUAUGGAGGUCUAGAAAUUGGGUGGUGUUUGAAGGAAAGCAAUUUGGAUUCCCCGCGUUAAUGCGGCAGUUUUCCCAGCAGUAUGAGGAAUGGGUGGGGUUGCCAGCGGAUGAGCCCCCUAUGCUUUCUCCGCCGAUGGUUCCACAGUCAGGUGUGCCGAGUCAGGCUGCUGGGGUGGCUUGUCAAUGGGACGGGGCUACUAGGAAGGGAUCAUAUUCAGCAGGUGGCAUGGUCCUUCUGUCUCCAUCUGGGGAUGUUCUUAUGGCUAAGGGAAUUUAGUUCCAAGGGAUUGAUGACCCAGUUGUGGUGGAGCUUCUUGUGCUCCGGGAGGCUAUUGCUUGGUGUUUGGGGCAGGGUUUCACGAGGAUGAGAUUCGAAGGGGAUGCCAAGGUCAUCAUUGAUAAAAUCAAUUGUAAGGAUGCUA